AUGGCGAUGCAGAAUAUUGAGUCCCCAGGCCAGUACUACCACUUUAACGCCUCUCGGCACGACAGGAACGCUGGCGAGGUAGAGUCUGUGGGGGAGCAGCUCUUUACCAGCAAGAAGAGCAACUGGCUCAAAUCUAUGAUGAACCGAAAGCGACGCAGCAAAAACCUAGACCUCACGAUUUCGGGUACAAACAUCAAGUCUAUGCCGAUGGUGAGCCGGUUUGAACGCCGAAAUGACGAAUGGAGAGAACGACAGAAUAGCAUGGUUGCAGAGCCACCGGAAGUGAAGGAGCCCGAAACCGUUUCACUACAAGACUCGAGAAGACAGAUGGAGCGGGAAAUGCGCAAAAUAAGGCGCGCCAAUGGCGACGAAGAGCAGAUUUUCAGAGAAACGUUUGUCGAACGAUCCGACAACGACCAUUCGGACUGGCUGCAAAAGAUCAGCUCCAGAAUAAAAGUGGACCGUCCUAAACGCAAGAGCCAUGCAGAUUCCAAAUUCAUUGGAAAUAGCUUUGACCAAAACUUAAAAGACUAUAUGUGGUACAACAACGGAGUGAGAUAUCCAAAUAAGAAGAAGGGACUGGAGAACCGACGCAAACGGACAGAAACAGAGCGCGAGGGGCAGCACCAAACAAGGAGACCCGAACUACACACUAAUAUUUACCGCAUACACGACUCGAUCCAAAGUUCGCUGCAAUUUGUGCCCAUUGUCGGUGUGGUAUUCCAGCUAUUUGGAAUAUUGUACUCGGUACCGAUUUUCCCUCCAGAAGUUGUGCUUAUAGUGGAAAUACUCGCUUACCUUUGGAUCGUAAGGAUAAUCUACAGGAUUUACCUGGCAGUUGCUGCGCUACUGCAACCGUUUUGGAAAGUGACUCAAAUAUUAUCUUGGUAA